AUGAAGAUCUUCUUCCCUCUCUGCGCUCUUGUUGUCUUCGCUGUGACGUGGGUCGAGGCUGUCUUCCCACCCAUGCCCGAUAGUGUGGCUAGCGGUGGCGAGGAGAUCCGCGCUUUGUGGGAGGCUGCAAGCCAAGGCACGUUCAUGAAUGUCCUUCCCCCUAACAUGGCCGGCAUCCAGAACGAGUGGACCAACUUUCUCAGCACCGAAGGCGAAGACAUUAUCAACAGAUACUACAAGGAGACGUUCCGGGACAAGAUCUUCGCCGCAAAAUUCCACGGACACGGCAAGUUCGUCAAGAUGGCCAACUUUGCACUGACCAAGCCGUACCAGUAUCAUCCGAACACCGAUGCAUACAAGCCCCAGGUGGCCGCGCUUCUCAUCGAGACGUUUGCGAGCAGACCCACUCCCGCCAGGAAGGUGCAGUGGGCCAAGGAUCUCCGCCUCGGACGACCUGGAACCGGCAGCACCUAG